AUGGCAUUGACGGACGAGAUGAAGGUUGAGAUCGGUCGUAUCCUUGACUCCGAGGAAGGUGUGAAUGUUCGCAUCCAGAAGUUGUUCAAGCUGUUCCUGGACAGCGGCUUGGCCCGGCACGAGACAGUGCCGCCGAGUGCCGUGCUGGUCCACCCCAGUAACAGGGGAGGGUCUAUGAUCAACGGCCACGAUGUGGUCGCGAAGGGGGAGCUGCUGACCAAGCAGGUGGCUGCCAAUCAGGCUCUUGCGAGCAGCAACCCUGACCUGCUUGCUCCGCCAAGUGGCGGAGAAAGGCAUCAUCCCGAGAGCACAGUCACGAAGCAGGAGGGGCCAGCGAAGACCUGCCUGAUCCUAGAGGAUCUCCUGGAGGAGGAGUUCCCCAGCUUGCCAAUGAUGAUAGCCUCGGGUUUGAAUUCCUCCAACCAGGUGCUUGUCAACCAAAGCGAGGUCGAAGUGCUCAUGACCAUGGGUCGCUAUGUUUCCUUGCAUGGCAUGACGGUGCAGCAGGCAAAGAUGAGAUGCCUCGAGACCGAGCCUGCAUGCAAGGAUUAUAUCGAUGUUUUGGCUCACUUCGCAGCCCGCUACGGUGGAGGCAUUGGAUUUCCUCUCCUUGAGUUUCUGGGUCAUUUCUCAAAGGUGCAUGGCGCCAGCUUGGUCCUUGGAUCCGAAUUUAUCCGAGCCGUCACAAAUUGUGAUUUCAAAGUCGAAGGGAACUUGCUUCCCUGUCUGCGGAUCGCACUUCUUGCGGCUCAAAUCAGCAGCCCUGUGUCUGCUGAUAAGGUUGCCAAGCUCUUGAGCAAAACAGAUGUCCAAAAACUCCGGGCUCUCAAAGACAAGGGUCCGCUGGUGGAGGCGGGAACUCUCCUCAAGGGCUGUUGGGAGACGGUGCAAGCCGCGACGAAUGUUCAAGAAAAGCGAAAGAAAAACAAGGGACGGGAGGGAACGGAACACGAGUCCCUGACCACCAUUUCCCAAGCUCUUGGCAUGGAACUCUUGGGCAUGACUGCACCCCCGGCCUCAUCAUCCACAGAUUCGGCUGCCGUGGAAAACUUGUUGGAUGCAAGCCGCACAGAUGUGAUUCUCAAGCAACACAAGCACCUCGAAGUCGGAGGAAGUUAUGUCCACAAGAACCACGGCUCCCAAAGCUUCACCAUGCUAGGUGUGCAGAAUGACCAAGUCCAGUUUCAGCAUGUUCCCUUGGUGGGGGCCCCCGUGAUCGUGGAGGUGCCUGCCUCUGCUGAGCAUUUGAGCUGGGGCAGGCUAGAGUUGUAUCGAGAGUUUAGCGGCAAGCACGAUGGCAAAGUCGGGAUCAGCUUUGUCACCCCCCCUCCGGGCUUGGUGGUCACGGCCCCCAUCCCCAAGAAGUCCCUUGUCCUUGUUGCUUUUGGGCAGCUGAGCAUUGUGAAGGAUCCUAGCAAAGUGAAGGACGGAUGUUGGGUUGGCAAGUACUUGCUGCAGCCCUCCAGACCAGUGUCGGACUUCGAGAAAUUGGACGAGAAGACAUUGCUCGUGCCAUAUUGGUAUGUGCGGACCACGAACGAGCUUGCUCAGGUCAAUAUGACCAAAGUUCAGCAGCAGCUCGGUACCUUGACGGUGCCGAGCUUCCUGAAUAAACGGGAUCUCGCAGUAGGGGAGCUGUUGUACACCGCUAGUGACUCAUUGAUCCAGAAGGAGCAAGCACCGGCUCCUGAAUCCAGUAGUCCUGUAAAGCGGCUGCGAACGAAGGGUCCAGCCAACAUCUAG